AUGGAAAGGAUAUUAUUACAGAAGGAGAAAGAUCUUGAACUUGCUGCUAAAAUUGGACAAACAUUAUUGGAACAAAAUCAUGAAUUACAAACCAGGAAUGAAUUUUUGGAAGAAGCACUUCAUACAUCUAAUGAUAUAAUUAUACAACUACGGCAUGAUUUACAAACGCGAACAAAUCUUUUACGCUUUUAUAUUGAUUAUGAUAUUGAUUUAGAUGGUUGUACAACGGGGCAGUCGAGUAGUGAAAAUUUUCAGCGAAAAAUUAAAAGAUUGGAAGAUGAGAAUGAAAUUUUGAAAAAUGAGUCGAUAAAUUUGAAGAAAAUUAUUUCGGAAUUUGAAGAAAAUGAACGAAUACGUAUUUCGGAAUGGACAAAGCAAUUAGAUACUGCUAAUGAGAAGAUCUAUCGUUUGCAACAUUUGCUUGCUGAAAAGAGCGAAGAGUGUGGAAUUCAAAAUUGUGAAGUGGAAAGACUUCUUCGAGAAGUUACCGUUCGAUCGAAUCAUGAAAAAGCUCUAACAAAUGAAAAUAUCAACUUACAUCAAAAAUUACAAGAUAUGUUAACAAUGCAUGAGGAACUUACUGCACAAGUGGCUGACUUGCAAGAACGAUAUACGGAAGUGAUGGCAAUGUUGCAUGAUGCUGAAGAAGAGUUGAGGACAUAUCGACAGAAUCAAUUUUCUUAUAGGACUAGCACUCCUGAUUCACUUUACGAUUCAUUGGCAAGUGAAAUUGAAGCAUCAGAUAGUGGUUUCUAUUCUGCGAUUAAUGAUCAUAAGAAAUUAACAAGACAACAAAAUGUACGAUCAAAAAUGGAUAUGAUUGAUGUAUCGCAUAAAUUAGAGUUGAUUAAAGCUCGUGAUAUAAAUACGUCAAAUACGAUAGGAACUCGUUCAGUUGCUACUGUUACCGAUCCAUUACCAUCUGAUCGAUUUCGACAAAAUUCGCAUAAUGAUGAUAAUGUAGUCGAUGUACCGAAUCAUAUUCUUGCAAAGCUUCUUCGACAUUCUUGUUUUCCGCAUAUGCCAACAUCAUUUUUGGAAGAUGAUUCAACCAAUUCUAAUGCUUCAAAUAAACUAGAAGUAUCGUCAACUUCCAAAUCUGAAAUUAAACUUUUUGAAUCUGAUGCCAGUACAAGUACAUUACUGCAACGAAAACAAUCUGUUGAUGGAGAUAGUGUUCUACAACAUUCUAUUCGAUCCAUGCAUGAUUUAAAUCGAAUAUCAGGACAUAAUUCCGGUUCUCCUAAUAAAACAGGAUCAGAUGAUUCGUUAUCUGGUUAUGAGGGACCGAAAAUGGGUGAACCCGGACGACCUGGUACACGAGAUCUAGACUGGUCGAUUCAAAAAAUGAAUAUACGAAGACAGAUCGAAAGAGAAUAUGCAAGAUAUCGUCGAGAGCGUGGUUUGUUGCCUUCGAGUACAUCAUUCUUUAACAUAUUAUCGAAUAAGAUGUCUGAAAAUUCGAUGGAAAAAUGCCGUUUGCUGCAAACCACAAAAUAUCAAACAUUGCCUUCGGAUGAAUUACAAAAACAAGAAAUUAAGAAUGAUUUAUCACGGGUAUUUAAACGUGGCAAAAAUUUUUCAAAUAUUGGCUUAUUUGCUUCACUUUAUAAUAAUCUUACUCAGGGUAUUGUUCUACGCUCAGCGAUUCCAGUAACACCACCAGUUACACCUGUACGACAGAAGAAUAAAAGUUUCACAUGUCAGGAUAUAUCAUCAACUUCAUCAUAUCUUCUGGAAGCACUUGCCCUAUGUAUACCAACAAAAUCAUUGCCGCUAUCAUUAACAUCAAAACAAUUGGUUCGAUUUCAUAGUAUGCAUAAUUUGCAUAAUAAUUUAUUGCCGACAACAGCAAGAAUAGUUUUUUCAAAAUAA